GUGAGCGCUCACACACUGAGAGCAAGUGAUGGGAGACUAAACUGAGUGCCUGACGCGCGCGUCGCUCCCCUGGCGAUAUAUCUUUUUUUCACUGACUGUUCUUUUUAUUUUAACUUUAACUUUGAGAAUAAAACUAUCCACUCUAUUCUUCAAACAGACCUAGGAGUGAAACGGGAGGUGAACGCGCGACUUACAAUCCAGUAUCAGUUCCCAUACAGGGUAUACAAUUUGGGGAACUGCGCACCGAUUGUCCACUAUCUGAGCCAUGGCAGACGAGUGAGGCGCCUUUGCCAAAAUGCCUGUUAACCGGAAUAUAACUUUUUCACGGCGGUCUUAUGGAAUAUAGUCCGAUUUUACACAGCCUACAUGUUGUGCCAUCAUCCCACGUGAAAAACAAACUCUUCGUAUUCUGCAUAAUGCUGUCCCUUUGGGUGUAUAUGAUUUACUGCUGCGUUGGCUACUGCUCAACUAUGCCGAACCUGGCGUACGGCUCGGUGACCAGGCACGAGAGCGACGCAGAAGUUGACAAUCAGGGUUCCUCUUUAGGGGCGUCCAGGGACUUACUGAAUAACGAGAACGAUUUGGACAGCAGAGGAGAAGAGUGGGAUGAAAUUAGAGGCGAGGCGAAGGCGCUGGAUGAUAAUGCCAUGUCAGGUUUCCUCAAUGAGUCGGAAAGUAAAAAGUUGCCCCAGGCGAUUAUCAUCGGGGUGAAGAAAGGAGGGACCCGCGCGCUGCUGGAGUUCCUGCGUCUGCAUCCAGACAUCAGAGCGGUCGGAGCCGAGCCGCACUUCUUCGACCGCAACUACGACAAGGGACUGGAGUGGUACAGGGAGUUGAUGCCCAAGUCAUCAGAGGGCCAGUUGACCAUGGAGAAGACCCCCAGCUACUAUGUCACCAAGGAGGUCCCUGCUCGAAUCUACACCAUGUCCAAAGACACAAAGCUGAUUGUAGUCGUGCGGGAUCCUGUCACACGAGCCAUCUCAGACUACACCCAGACCCGCUCCAAGAAGCCGGACAUCCCCUCUUUCGAGAGCCUGACCUUUAAGAACAUGUCGGCGGGUUUGAUCGACACCACGUGGAGCGCCGUUCAAAUCGGCAUGUAUGCCAAGCACCUCGAGCGCUGGCUCCAGUUCUUCCCCAUGGAGCAGCUGCUGUUUGUUAGUGGAGAGCGUUUGAUCAGCGAUCCCGCGGGUGAGAUGGCUCGCGUUCAGGACUUUCUUGGGCUCAGGAGGGUGGUCACGGACAAGCAUUUCCACUUCAACCCAGCAAAGGGCUUCCCCUGCCUUAAGAGACCCGAGGGGAACAGCAAGCCGCACUGCCUGGGCAAAACCAAAGGCAGGACCCAUCCUAAUAUUGACCCAGAGGUGGUGCAGAGGCUACGGGACUUUUAUAAACCCUUUAAUAGCAAGUUUUACCAGAUGACUGGUCAUGACUUUGGCUGGGACUGAGAUGAAAACUUUGAUGAUGGACUCAUGCUGGUUCCUUGUCUGUGUUUUUUUUUCUUAAAUAAUUUUAUCAUUCUGGAGAUAUUGUUAUACAGUGUAUGUACAGUAUUUGGUGGAUAUGUAAAAAGUUCAGAAGUCUAUUUUAUGAUAAUUUAUUGUUAUGAUAUUAGCUCACUAAGCUGCCUAACCAGGUUUAUUCAUGAUCCACUACACACGUUUUUGUCCAGUUUUAAUUCUCAUUACAUACAUAAACAUUUUUAUAAAAGCACAAUGUUUUUACGGGUAUUACGAGCAGGGUCAGUAUCCUUCUUUUUCAACUAUAAUUUUGGCUUCAUGUGGAGAACAACCUCUCUUUUCUUUCACUUUCCCAAAUGCUGCUUUUGCUUCACCUUAAGCUGAAUGAGAUCCAACUUAACAAACAACUGGUAAUGUCCCCUUAACAUUUGCCUGACCCUCAGUGGUCUAUGGACCCACUUAGUCAGGUCGAUACAGGCCUCAGUUGAUCCAGUGCCACUUGCCAGGUGGAUCAAUACAGUUAUAGCUCCUAAUCAUGUCAAUUAGACCUGAGUGAUGGCACUGCCUUGAUCUCUCCAGCACUGCAAUAAAACAUUGAUCCAUUAAUGGCAGUAAGUUUAUGGUUGACCCUCGAACCAACUUCAAGUUAAUAUAAUAAUAUAAAUUUCCACUGCAAUGUUUGGACUUAACCACUAUUUAUAUUGUUUCUACGAAGGAAUGUUGAUUGGGAUCCAAUAGAGGCUGCUGUCACGAUACUUUUGGGAUGUUCUUAUCCUUUUCCCAGAAACCUGCCGUACAGGUUUCAUAACACCCAAUCAUUUAUUGCUCUCUCCAAACAGAAAAUGAUUCAUGUGACUCAGUCACAUUCACUGAUCUGUGCGGAGAUGGCACAUAUGGAUCAUUCUGUGCAGUGGUUUUAACCACAGGUGAUACUAGAUGUAAUAAUGAUGCCCUACACCCACGAUACAUGAGCUGACAGAGUGAUGGCCACAUGAAAACAAGUGUUUCUUUAAAUAUUUGUAUUCUACUUUCAGUUAUAGCUGGAGAGAAUUAAAACCAACCUACCCUCAGUUGAUAUUUAAGUUUCAUGUAUGGUUGAGUUUUAUUCAACCUUUUUUGUGUCAGCAUUUUAACAGACAUCAUUUCAUAAUGACGCACUGCGACCCCAUUGUUGUUGAGGCACUACCUUGCUGUACACAUUGCAAAUAUGGAAAUGAAGCAGUUUGACUGAGAAGUUGAUCAAAAGGUGCAGUCAUGUCAUUUUUAUGAAGUAAGAAAUAAAUAUGUUUUACCAAAAAUCAUAUAA